GCACCAGCCACCAGGACAAGUUGCUACGGAAACGGCUGCAUGGCAACCGGCUCUGAGCCUGGGGUCCGUCUGCUGCUACUGCUGCUGCUGCUGCUACUGCCGCCGCCGCCGCCGCCGCCGCUUCUCUGGCUGGCUCAUUCUCCCGCGCGCUUCCUUCCUCGCUAGAUGGUGUGCGAGACACCCGAGACUAGACACGCUCCGGACGCGGCCAGCGAGAAGCUGAGCGAGCGAGAGAAAGCCGAGAGGCGGCAGCGGGAGCAAGAGAGCCGGAGAGGCGACGAGAAGACGCGCGGGCUUGUGCCAGGACAGAGGAAGGCGGCUGCUUUCUGCCUUCGCGCCCGCCCGCCUGCCUGUUUCGCCCGGGGGUCGACGCGAAACUAGAGCCGCGAGCCGGAGCGCAGCCUUCGAGAGGGCAUGGACGUGAUGCUCCUGGUCCAGGGCGCUUGUUGCUCCAACCAGUGGCUGGCCGCGGUGCUGCUCAGCCUCUGCUGCUUGUUGCCCUCCUGUCUCCCCGCCGGCCAAAGUGUAGACUUCCCCGGGACGGCUGUGGAGAACCUGGUGGUCCGGAAAGGGGACACGGCGGUGCUGAGAUGUUACUUGGAAGAUGGAGCUUCAAAAGGUGCCUGGCUGAAUCGAUCAAGUAUUAUUUUUGCAGGAGGAGACAAGUGGUCAGUAGAUCCUCGAGUUUCAAUUGCAACAGCAAAUAAAAGGGAAUACAGUCUCCAGAUACAGAAUGUGGAUGUGUCAGAUGAUGGUCUAUAUACUUGUUCAGUGCAGACCCAGCACACGCCCAGAACCAUGCAGGUGUACUUAACUGUAAAAGUUUCUCCAAAGAUAAGUCAUAUCUCAAAUGAUAUUGUGGCGAAUGAAGGAAGCAACAUCACACUGGCCUGUUUAGCUACAGGGAAACCUGAUCCUUCCAUCUCUUGGAGACAUAUUUCUCCAUCAGCCAAACCCUUUGAAAACGGACAAUACUUGGACAUCUAUGGAAUUACAAGAGACCAAGCUGGGGAGUAUGAAUGUAGUGCUGAAAAUGAUGUCUCAGUUCCAGAUGUGAAAAAAGUAAAAGUCACAGUAAACUUUGCCCCAACAAUUCAGGAAAUAAAAUCCAGUGGAGUCACUCUUGGAGGCACUGGAUUCAUAAGAUGUGAAAGUGCCGGCGUUCCUUCCCCAGCUUUUGAAUGGUACAAAGGAGAAAGAAAAUUGAUCAAUGGGCAACAAGGAAUUACUAUAAACAGCUAUAGUUCAAGAUCAUUUUUAAAUUUCAACAAUGUGACAGAAGAGCAUUUUGGCAACUAUACAUGUGUCGCCGCCAACAAAUUAGGCACAACCAAUGCCAGCCUGCUUCUUAACCAAAUUAUUGAGCCUACCACUACUAGUCGUGUCUCAAGCUCAGCUCCAAGUACAACUCAACUUGGGAUCACUGGGGGCACAGAAGUUCUCUUGUCCUGCUGGUACCUUGUCUUGACACUAUCCUCUUACACCAGCAUAAUGUACCUGAAGAACAUCGUUCUACAAUAAAUGUAAAGAACCAUGAAAAGCUUUUAAGGAUUAUUUGAAAGUGCUGAUGACUGGAUCCAAUCUGGUAGAGUUGGUUAAAAAAAAAAAAAAACACGUCGUGGGAUAUAAUCAGCAGUGCUUAUUUGAGAAUGAUCGCCUUCUGUAGAAUUGCUCAUUAUGUAAAUACUUUAAUUCUACUCUCUUUUUUAUUAGCUGCAUUACCUUGUGAAGAAGUCCACAUUGUCCUUUUUCUUUACCUUUCUCUCUCUUUUUCUUUCUGAAAGAUGUGAAAUUAUUUUUAGAGGAUAUUAAUUGUGAGUUCAUGUUUGUAAUCUACAACGUUUCAAAAGCGUUCAGUCAUGGUCUGCCAAGUUGCGGACAAUAGUUUACAUUAAAAAAAAAGAACCCAAAUAAUUGCAGUUUAAAAAAAACUUUAAG